CCUUGAAUGGGACUGUCAGCCUCUCUUUAGACCAAUGGCACCCCGUCCUUCCGAGAAAUGUUCCCCAACAGCCACAGCCUCAGUCUCCUUUGUAUAGUUCCGGUGCGUCUGUAUCCAGGGAGUGUACUGCCUCUCCUUCACGUGCCAGCGAUGAAGAGCACGUCUACAGUUUCCCCAACAAACAGAAGUCCGAGGAACCUUCUCCUACCCUCAUGAGCUCCUCUUUAGGCAACAACCUGUCCGAACUGGACCGGCUCCUCCUGGAAUUGAACGCUGUCCAGCACAACCCCUCACCUGGCAGCCCCACAGAUGAGAAUGCAGGAAGCCCCUCGCGGCCCGGUGGGACUGGCUCCCCCUACAGCCUCCUGGAGAACACUACCUCUGUGGCUGCGCAGCCCCCAGCCCCAGGGAAAGAAAAGCCCAAGUGGAAUGGGGGGCCCGGGGUGGAAGACAUCUGCCCCAGCGUGGAAAGCCUUCUGGAUGAACUGGAGAGCUCCGUGCCCAGCCCUGUGCCAGCUAUUACGGUGAAUCAAGGAGGGAUGAGCAGCCCCCAGAGAUUCGCCUCCAGCCAGCAACAGACACGCAUAUCUGCAUCUUCAGCAACCAGAGAGCUGGAUGAGCUCAUGGCUUCCCUUUCAGACUUCAAGACCAGUUCCACCAUAUCUCUGGCCUCUGAGCCUUCCCUACCGCUGUCUUCUGGAUCUCCUCACUUUGGGCCACCCCGUACGGUUCCCCCACGGGCCUCCAAGCCCCCCAGGGCCAAACACGAUGGGUCUGACCCAAGUCCCGAGGCCCCUGUGGAGUUGGAGAUCCUACACAUUGAUGAGAAAAGCAGCGGUUUGGCAGCCGCCGCGAUCCCAGAACCUCCUUCCAAUGCUUUGCAUCGUCACCUUGCUGGACCUCGGACCAAGCCCCCCCUUGGGAAAGCUUCUACCCCUCGCCCGAGCUCAGAUGGACCCAGCAAAGCCCCUCCUGAGAAAUCCCGUGUCUCUUCUUCGGAGCCCGAGUUGCUAGGGAUUUGUGCAGAUGGGGCAGGAACUCCACAACCCCUGGAGCCAGAAGGACCUUGGAAGGAGACCCUCAACAGGGGACACUUGCCUUCGGUUCUGAACAGGCUUUCAAAGAGGCCGGCCCCGCCAGAAGAGAGGGUUCUUUCCCGCCCCAAAGCUCCUUUUUUCAAGGAGGAUGGAAUGGGGACGAUGGGUUACACCAGGCAGAGCAACUCCGAAACGUCUCUCUUGGCGCCAAGGACGUCUCUCAAGAAGGACCACGUUGGCGUACAUGAUCUUUUCAACGUCGAACGAUGGGAGAGUUUCCCAGGCACCAGCAAAAGCCAACCGGGCUGGGCUGCCCCACAGGCCUUGAACCACGGGACUGAAAUCCGAGAUCCGGUGAGGGCAAGCAGCUGUCCCGAUGUGGCGGAGAGGGCAUCCGGGAAGAACGGCCUUCCGGGCGGGGUCGCGGCUGUGCCGAAGGUUGCUGGACGUUCCCGGGAAGAGGAACUGGAUUGUAUCGCCGGCCCUACAAUCUCGGUGGAGAGAAUGUCCACUUCGAGCCAGGCAGGCGUCGGGAUGAAUAUGGGGGGCGGGGCGGGGAAAGAGAUGAGUGGGGGACAACGAGGGAUGGGAUGUCUCCAUGCCGCUUUUGGUUUGGCUGUGCAUGAAACACGCUUAUGGAGUUUGCACCUGGAUUUAGCUAGUUUUGCAUGCUUCUCUUGGAUCAGGGUUCAAGGGGUGGGGGAGAAGCUUACUCAACCUGAACGUUUCCCUCCCCUCCCUUUAAAGAUCAAAUCCGUGAUCAGGAAAACCAAAGAGAUCUCCAACGUGCAUCCCAUGUGCCGCGAUCUGUCACCAAGGCGCAAGCUGGGCCCUGUCCUCUUCCAUAAAACCAUCUCCCAAGACCGCCUGAUUGAAGAACUUCAAGACCGGCUGGGCAUCAGCCGAGUCGAAGAAGAAAAUCAACAGAGCCCCGAUGACUGGUUGACCGAGGGGGUCAUCAUCACCUCCAGGCCUCAGAAGAAGAACAAAGAUGGUAGUCAACAAAUAGAAAAGGUUAUUAUUCCUGCUACGUCACCCCUUCCUCUGCGAAGAACCGUCUCUAUCCCACCUUCUCCGCCGCCGCAGCUUCCUAAAGAUGUCUCCAAGGCUGCUUCAGUCAACGCCACUCUUGGCUCUUCUCUUCCAUCUUCUCCUCCUCCACCACCUCCUCCCUUGCCCUCGCCCGCACCGCCACACAUCCCUCAGCUGCGCUACGUGCCGUCCGCCCAUCCGACUCAGCCUCCCGUCCCGUGGGAAAUGCUGUUGGAAGAAGUUUCCCCCCAGCAGGCACCAGCCCCUUCCUCCAAAGCCUCGGUGUCAGUUAGCUGUCAGACAGAGGAGGCCCCCUUCUCUCCACCACAGCAGGUCCUUCCUGUUCCAUCUCUGGACCACCUCCUUGCUACUCUCCCACCUACUCCCGAGAAGUUUAUGUCGCAGGGAAAAGGAGCUGGCAGCUAUCCGCCCACCACCCCUCCAAAGCCAGGCAGCCAGUUGGACAGCAUGCUUGGAAGCCUCCAAUCUGACCUCAACAAACUUGGAGUAGCAACGGUUGCCAAAGGUGUCUGUGGAGCAUGCAAGAAGCCAAUUGCCGGGCAGGUGGUCACAGCCAUGGGGAAAACGUGGCACCCCGAGCAUUUUGUUUGCACCCAUUGCCAGGAGGAAAUCGGCUCCCGGAAUUUCUUUGAGCGGGACAGCCAGCCCUAUUGCGAGAGAGAUUAUCACAACCUCUUUUCGCCCCGCUGUUACUACUGCAACGGUCCCAUCCUGGAUAAAGUGGUGACGGCCCUGGACCGAACAUGGCACCCUGAACACUUCUUCUGCGCACAAUGUGGAGCGUUCUUUGGACCCGAAGGCUUCCACGAGAAGGACGGCAAAGCCUAUUGCCGCAAAGAUUACUUCGAUAUGUUUGCUCCCAAGUGUGGCGGGUGUGCCCGGGCCAUCUUGGAGAACUAUAUCUCAGCCUUGAACACCCUCUGGCAUCCCGAGUGUUUCGUCUGCCGGGAAUGCUUCACCCCGUUCGUCAACGGCAGCUUCUUCGAACACGACGGGCAGCCCUACUGCGAAGUGCAUUACCACGAACGCCGCGGCUCGCUCUGCUCUGGCUGCCAGAAGCCCAUCACGGGCCGCUGCAUCACCGCCAUGGCCAAGAAAUUCCACCCGGAACACUUCGUCUGUGCCUUCUGCCUCAAGCAGCUCAACAAGGGGACCUUCAAAGAGCAGAACGACAAGCCUUAUUGCCAGAACUGCUUCUUGAAGCUCUUCUGCUGAACGUCUCACCCCACCGCCUCAGCCCUCCGUGGUAUCUCUCCUGCCAGGAAACCCUCGCCAAGUUUUUCACGGCGUCCGGCAACUCGAGUGGGUUGAUGUAGGAGAGGAGGAGGAGGAGGAAGAGGAUUUGUGUGUGUGUGUGUGUGCGUGUGUGUGUGUGAGAAUGAGAUGUUCACAGCCUCUCUGGGAAGGUGGAAGAAGAGGCCCAAGGGACUAUGGAGGUUGGAUUAUUAUUAUGACCUUUAUUGUACAGCGUACGCAACAUGUGAACAAUGAGAUCGGCUGAGCCUCCCUUCGUGUGCGCGCGCGUGCACACUCACACACACACACACAGAGUGAUGACCCGGGGCGUGACACAAAAAUAACAAAGUCACAAAA